AUGGCCAUCUCUGGAUCUUGCGAGCACCGCUUCAGAGUCAUCAAGUCAGACACAACUCUCAUCAUCUGGAACUGCAGUCUAUGUCAUUCCGGCCCGCAUUGGUUCAUCUACGAAUGCACCAAGUGCAAGCCUCUCUGGUACCAAUCAACGACCAGAUGGCGCCCAAGAGAAAAGGCGCGCGUGUCACAAACGUCUAGCCCCGCACCCACACCCUCUCGCUCAAACACGACCGUCGCAGUCGAGAUAGAACAACGCCGACGACCCAAGCCAUCAGACGAAACGCCCACCACGAAACUCUCUGAGCAAGCGGCAGACCCUGAAGACGACGAGGACGACGAAGAAGCUGCGAAUGCUGCCUUGGUAGCAGAUCCGUGGACCGAUGACGAGGAGAUUGGCCUGUUCAAGGGUCUCAUACGCUGGAAGCCCACCGGCAUACACAAGCAUUUUCACCUGCUAUCUCUACAUCAACACCUGCUGUCAAACGGCUACAUUCACCCUAAAGCACCGCAUACACGCAUCCCUGGCAUCUGGGCCAAACUCAACGACCUCUACGAUCUCGAAGCACUAGACGAACGCGAAGACUCGAAUGCUGCCCCUUGGUCCACAUCCGAAGACGAGGACGAUGAAGAAGAUGAGAAAGAUGAACUAGGCGACGACGAUGACGAGCCAGAACGCAUGCACGAAUCAGAAUUCGAACUCCCCGACGACGAUUUUGGCACCCUGGUCUGGCGCGCUCGUUUCCCAGACUCGGAAGACGAAGACAGUCGACAAAGCUCGCCUGCAUCACACGAAGAAUUGGUCUCGAGGCCAGACAGUCCACCCGUGCGCUUCACACCCACAUUUGAGAUUGCUCUCUCCGAAACACAGCAGACGCCCUCUACGCGAACGUCCAAGUCCAAAACAGCAACAUCUAUGAAAGCCAAGGGCAAAGUACCACCUCCAAAUCCUAGAAGAUCGAGUCGCGUGGCCGAUAGUGUUGACCCCGAUGAGCAAGACGACGAAGAGGAGGAAGAGGAAGAUAGUGAGGAAGAAGACCAAAGCGAGCAAGAGAGCAUGGCUAGCGGCACACCAGCUCCCAAGGCUUCGAAGGCAAAGGGUAAAGGAAAGCUCCUGCCGCAAAGCCUAGAGCUAGCAAGCGGAGGAGGUAGUAUAGGAAAGGUGUGA